AUGUAUGUGAAAUGGUUUGAUACAGUAAUGUUAUACUAUGUGAUUUUAGUGAAUGUCACUUUUUGUCAUUUUCAAAUUUCCCGCCGUUCCGUCCCCCCGUACGUCUCGACACUCGCAGGGGACGGAACCCGGAUGACAGAUGCCGGCAUCAGCCGGAUUACAUUGUUGGGGGACACUGCAGGAGGGACAUCGCGGGAGAGCAGGACAAGGUAAGUGAAGAACAGAUCCUGGAGCAGCGCUGCAUGGUAAGCCCGAGUGUAGCUCGGGGUUACCGCUUGUGCUACACUCGGGAAUACUGCCAGGGAGGUUA